AUAGCUUACGUUCGCAACACGACGAGUAAAUACACGUUUAACCUAUAACGGAGUUUGAGUUUACCGCGUUUUUGAAGUUCGACAGAAGGCGAACAAAGUUAACAGACGCACGUUUCGCCCAAUUUUCAACCAAAGAGCGACGUUGCAAGUUUCACAACGUUGGACUAACGCUCAGUAAAGUAUCAAUAGAGCAAUCAUGAAAUUCACUUCAAGGAAAAAGACAGGGACGACUGCAGCACUAUCGCAGCCUUAUUGAGCUAAACAAUCAAUUUUCUGCAAAACAAAACGUUUACAUGUGACCAGAGUAUAGCUGCGCUAUGGCAGAGGACGGCGCGGUGGAUCUCGAACACGACUUGCGAGAUCUCAGUCUCGACAACCAAGACGAUCGUCUCGUUUACAAUCGACUCCACGUAGCUGUUUUGAGCAAUGACGUUGAUGAGAUAACGUCUCUGCUGAACGAUAGUGCAGACGUAAGGGAGAAAACCUACGCGAAAUACCCAUCGACUUCCGAAAUCGAGUGCGAGUGCACGAACUUAAAGUUCUGCUUCCAUCAGGCCGACGAAUACGGAAACGAGUGGAAGAGCGGAGACGUUGUGGCGCAGAAUGCCCUACAUCUCGCGGCGAAGCACAGUAAGCUCGAGGUGGUAAAACUGCUGCUGGACGCGAUUGGAGACGUCGACGAACGGUCCGGUGAUGGCUCGACGGCACUGCACUACUCCAUGCAAAAUUCAGACAUCGAGGUAGCUCGGUUGCUGCUGGAGUCUGGUGCAGCUGACGUCGAAGCUCGAAACGACGAUGGCAAGACUCCGUUGUACCUCGCCGUAAAGUUCGAGAGAGUCGAUCUGGUGUGUUAUCUCCUUUCCAGGGGGGCCAACGUCAACGUGUUCACCAAAAACCAGUCAACCCCGCUGUAUUCAGCUCUGAUCAACUGCAACGAGGAACUGGUUCAGAUCCUCCUCGACAGCAAAGCUUCGACCGACGUGAGGAAUAAGUACUGCGAGGAGCCUCUCUUCUUCGUCCUCAGAGUCGUCGACAAAGGUGAGUCCCGACUUGGCUUCGCUAGGCUGCUGAUCGACAACGGCGUCAACCUCCAGAACCGCGAUCGACAUGGCUCAACCCCCCUUCACAUCGCGGUGCAGAACAGGGACGAGGAGAUGGCAACGCUGCUCAUCGACCGUGGUUGCCACAUCGACACCAAAAACCCUUUCGACAUGUCACCUCUGACGUUGGCCGUCUGCAUGAACAUGGUGAGCAUGGCUAGGUUGCUGUUGAAGCGAGGAGCCAACGUCAACGAAUUCUUUAUACGGUCGAGCAUACUGGAAUACGUGGUGAUGAGGCGGAACGCGGAGCUGGUGCAGCUUCUCUUGGAGUUCAACGCAGACGUCAACGCUGGCAGCGAGAGCAACUCACCGGUGUUUGCUGCCAGUCUACACAGGCAUACCAACAUCAUGCAUAUGUUGAUCGACAAGGGAGCGGACAUCAACUGCAAGGAUAAGAAAGGAAGGACGCCGCUGAUGCGAUCCAUCGAAAUAAAGAACUACGCGAUGAUGCAAUUGCUGAUCAACCGAGGAGCAUCCGUCAAUCAACAGGACAACCACGGCAACACUGUCUUCCACGUGCUGUUCGAGAGCAGUCAUACCGAGGAGGGCUGGACGGAAUACCUGCUGGACGUAGGCGCUGACUUUAACAUCGAGAACAACAGCGGACACACUCCGUUUGCGUGCAUGAUGAUGGCGAGCUUCACCAGAAGACACGUCCAGCUCUUCAUCAAGUACAUAGUGCUGCAUCUGGCCCGGGGCUCGAGCGUCAACCCCAAGAUCACGUGUUAUUUGAUAGCCAGUCCUACCUGGAGUAAGGCUUACAACCUCUAUACGCAGGAGCUGGAACGAAUGAAGAAGGUUAAGAUUUUCCAAAAGGAAAAGUACACGUUCUUCGACGUGCUGAGCAAGAAAAGCGCCUUUCUCACACCGGUCUUGAAAGAAGAAAACAAUAUCCACUUCGAGAUGGGUCUCAUCGCUAACCAGUUCGACUAUUACAGCGAAAUGACGAGAAAAGUUUUUUACAAAAAAGUCGAGAGAUUGAAGUGCCUGAACAGCUGCAUUUCCUUGCUGAACAGCGUGUUCGAAACCGAACUGCCUCCGGAGAUCGUGGAAAGAGUCUGCGACUUUUUGACCAACGAGGAGAUGAUGGAACUGCAGGCCGCCGCAGAGACAACUGUGAUCGAUUAACUACAAAUAUAUUUUUACUUUUUAACUAUAA